AUGACUACUUUUAUAUUGAACCACUCCCAUUGAUUUGUGACACUGGUCACGUCUCUGACUACAGACCUAACACGACUUAUUAUAUACUUGAAAGAUGGGUCGACUAAGCACAUUUUUCCUGUGAGUCAGAGACAAGUUCCACGGGACCAGGCGGUCAGCAACAAGAGGAAGCAACCCAACCAGCGACGCAAUAUGCCCUCUGAAGCCCACGUACGCGCCCUCACAGUGGGGUUGCUGGCCGCUCUGAUGCUGUGCGCCACAGGAGCUCCUCUGGCAGAGGCACCCACCGCCCUUCCAUCAGGUGACCCCUCAGGUGUGGAGGAGACGGAGCCCUCUGACUCAAUCAGCUCAUCCCCGGUGUGGAAAUCGGUUAUCAGUGCAGCAAAACAACACCGGCAAGCUUUUGAGGAUGAAUUCCAGAAUAACGUCUUGUAUCACGUAAUGGAGAACUACAGAGUGGCGUCGCUUCCGGAAAAAUGCCCCAGCUUCAACUUCAGCAAGGAGGCUUGCCUUCACAGGAUGGCCCAAGGUUUGCCCUUCUACACAAGUCUACUGAAACACGUGGAGAAGGAAUACCCCAGCAGUGUAAUUCUGUCUGAGGCCAAACAUAACAUUGGGCUCAUACUCGGUUUCAUCAGGCAAAAGAUGAGGAAACCACAACAGGUCGCAAGUCUGAGCAGCAGUGAGGAGGAGAGCCUGCUGGGUGCGCUGGAUAGCUCUGAUGCUUUCCACAGUAAGAUGACGGCGCACAGCAUCCUGCGGCAGCUCUACAUCUUCCUGGUUGACGGGAAGCGAGCGCUGGCCCAAAAAGAGAAGCGGAGGGGAAGACAUGCCAGGAAUGGUGGGAUGAUGUCCCUGCUUGUCUAGGUCUCGUCGUCUAAUGCGCUGCGGUAGUGACAUCGGCAGUGAAGGGAAGUUGUGUAAAAAAAAAAAACAACAAAAAAACAUUGACACAAUUGACUGAAUGAGACCAAAUUAAGGAAGUUCUUGCUGAGGUUUCGUAAUUCAUUGACUGAAUAACGAUCAUGUGAUGACUUUGUCAAUGACGCACUAAGACAGAUUAUUUAUUCUUUGGAAAAAUAUUUAUUGCUCACAUGUGGGUGAAAUGCCUUAUUUAUUACUAUUAUUAAUUUAAAUUAUUUAUUUUUGAAGACACGUGAUGUUCUUUU